AACUAACCGCGCGCGACAGUUGCGAGUACGACGCGACGUGUGUUGUGAUUCUUUUUGUUUCUUAUUUAUUUGUGUAAUUGUUAAGUGGUUUUGUUGGGUUUGUACAGUUAUUUGAUGUUCUGUUACGGUAUUUAACUUGUGUCAGUUUGUUUUGACCAAGAUGGACAAUGUUUCAGUGUCAAAGGGUGUUUUCGCACACAAUGGUAGAUAUAAAAUUGGUAAUAAAAGUACAAAGUUCCAACCACCAGAUUAUUGUAAUGCACCUUGGUAUCUCACAUAUAAAGAAAAUUGGGCGAGCAUUGAGAAAGCUACAGAGUCAAUAAGGUCUACUAUGUUUCAACAAAUUCUUAUUGAUUUAAAGUCUUUCGUUUCCAAAGUUAAGGAAAAAUCAUUAGAGUGCUUGAAUAAUGAAAUUCAGACAGCUAUUGUAUUAACAGGAGUUAAUGUUCCUGACCAUGCGAUAAUGUUUACACAAGUAAUUUCUACUCUGAAACCAGUAACAAGACACAUAGCACUUAUAUGGAAUAGAGAUUCGAAUAGUAUAAAGCACAUUGUGGAGGAAACAAUUUAUCAACUGAUAAAUUCUAAAGAAACAAAUGAGGAGCCAAAGAUAAAGAAAAGUCAUUGCACAAUGCGUGCCUUAAAAUAUUGGUACACAGAACACUGUGAACCAAAUGAACCUCUAGUUAUAAUUAUAACUGACUUUGAAAGUUCUUCUCCAGCAGUAUUACGUGACUUUAUUUUAAUUCUUAGUUCUUAUGCAAGCACAAUGAAGUUCAUUCUAGUAUUUGGCAUUGCUACCACUUUGCAUGCUAUUCACAGAACAUUGUCGUAUGAUGUUACUUCCAAAUUAAAUGUGCAAGUUUUUCAUUCACCAACACAAAUAAACAUUUUAUCAGAUGUCUUAGAGCACAUUGUUUUCUGCACAAACAUACCAUUUAAACUAACUGGUCGGGCGUUUCAGUUAUUAACAGAUAUAUUUCUGUUUUAUGAUUUUUCAGUCGAAAAUUUUCUACAUAAUUACAGGAUAUGCAUGAUUCAACAUUUUUAUGCCAACGACAUUCAUUCUCUCUGUUGUCAACCAAAAAAAAUCAAAAGUAGAAUUUCAUCCUUAACCGACGAUAAUAUAGAAGACCUUAAAAAAGUUCCUUCGAUAAACUGGUACAUUAGAAAACUGCAGAAAGAAACGAACGAAGAAACGAUAGAAAAUGACGAUUUUAAGGAAAUAUUAACGCAACUUCUGCACAAAUUCCACCGGUACAUGCACCGUUUUGUAAUAAUGUUAAGAUGUAUGCACCACUUGAUGUCGCCAUUACCAAACUCUCCAAUGGGUAAACAGUUACGAGAGUUUUACACGAAGGUAGUUUACACGAAUGAUCUGAAGGAGUGUCAGGAGUAUAAAGAGUGUCUGCAACUGUUGGGCUUUCUAUCGAAGACAGAGUUGAUCCCUAAGUUAAACUCUCUUCUUGUGAUUAUGGAACAAUCGGACAAUACAGCUUUGACGAAGGUGAAAGCAGAUCUCCAAGCACAUAUCGCAACAGUUGAGGCAGCUAGCUUAGAUGUAGAAGCUACGACCACGGAUAUUCUUUCUACUGACAAGAAGCUCAAUCGGCAACAGUUGAAGGAGAGACUGUUAAAAAUGUCCCAAACGCAUUCUCGCUCACCUUAUAAGCAGGCUCAAUUGGAUGUGAUUAAUUUCCUCGACGAGACCUUCUGCGCAUUCUUGAUCAAUCCGCAUCAGAUUGCGGCGCACGAAAUAUUUUGCUUCAAUGAUGGCAAUGUGGCGAAGCAACACAUCAAGGGAUCGUUGAGAGCCGCGAUACAUACUGGAUUGAACGAUCCUCAGGUCUAUUUGAAUUGCAAAUGCUGCAAAUUGGAGAACGACGACGCCAUCUCGUCCACCCUGCCAGACCUCAGUAUAAUUUACAAACUGCACUUGGAAUCUAGGAAGCUGAUCAAUAUGUACGACUGGCUGCAGGCAUUUUUGAUCAUCGUGGACCCGAAGAGCGGAGCGAAGGAGCAACGGGACGUGGACCCGAAACUGCAAGCCCGUUUUACUCAAGCGGUCGCCGAGCUGGAGUUCCUCGGUUUCAUCAAGAGUUCAAAGAAGAAAACGGAUCACGUAAAGCGACUUAUGUGAAGAUCGCCCCGCGUCCCGGGCUACCCGGGCAAUAAAAAACUGAAUCUCGUGGUGCUCCAUGACUUUUCUA